ACACUUUUACACACAUCUCCUUCAGAACAGCAGCGACAGGAGUUUACCGUGAGUUUACCGUGACUUUACCGUGUUCACGAGCGGAUGUCAGUGGAUUAAAAGCGUUUAUUCUUUGAUUUUCAGCGAGUUUAGUUUGUUUGUGACCGGUGUGUGUUUAAAUGACGCCAUGAUGUUAUUUUUACCCGCUGAGCUCAUGAAGUCACUCAAACUUCUUCCCGUUAAUUUACUAGCAUAUAACUAGCAUCACUGUUAAACUAGCAUCACUGUUAAACUAGCAUCACUACUCAUCGUCUCAUUUGAGGAAUAACUGUAAUAUGAGACUCAAACAUUCAUGGAGCUCCAGUUGUUUAGCAUGAAGUGAAGCGAUGACGAGGUGGAACUGAAGCGCAUCUGUGUGCUGCUCCUGUAGGACACACUCACACACACACACACACACACACACACACACACACACACACACUCACAGUCGAGGGCUGGCGUGAGUUUUUGUCUUGUGGAGUUUCCUCUCAGUCGGGACUUUGGGCCGCCCGCCGAACGCCAGCAGGGUGACAUCAUCAGCGGCUGCUACAAUGGGGCCGUUGAUGUUGUGAGGGGCCCCUGAGGGCCGCGACGCUCCUCUGAGAGAGAGACAGACAGAGAGACAUUACGACAGAGGAAGCAGAGGGAUUGUGGGUAUGUGUGAGCGUGUGGUACCCAUGCACUCGGUGAGGUCCAUCGGGGCCGAGGGUCUGGUGGCGCUACUGGAGGGCGGGCUUGACCGCGUGCUGUUGAUUGACAGCCGCCCGUUUGUGGAGUAUAACACGUGUCACAUCCUGGAGGCGGUGAACGUGAACUGCUCCAAACUGAUGAAGAGACGAUUACAACAAGACAAGAUCCAGAUCACUGAACUACUGCAGCACAGCGCCAAGAGACAGGGUCAAGAGGUCGUCGUGUAUGACCAGAGCUCACCUGACCCCGCCUCCCUUCCAUCGGAUGCCUUUCUCAGCGUCCUAUUGGCCAAACUGGAGAAACGUUUCCAGUCAGUCUAUCUACUCUCAGGUGGUUUUGUGGAGUUCUCCCGUCUGUUUCCGGGUCUGUGUGAGGGGAAGUCCACGCUGGUUCCGUCCUGCGUCUCUCAGCCAUGUCUCACGGUUACCAACAUCGGACCGACACGGAUCCUGCCUCACCUGUACCUGGGCUGCCAGAGAGAUGUUCUCAACCAGGAUCUGAUGCAGCAGAACGACAUCGCUUACGUGCUGAACGCCAGCAACACCUGCCCCAAACCAGACUUCAUCCCGGACUCUCACUUCCUGCGAGUGCCAGUGAACGACAGCUUCUGUGAGAAGAUCCUGCCCUGGCUCGACAAAUCUGUGGAGUUCAUAGAGAAAGCCAAAGCGUGUAACGCUCGAGUUCUGGUCCACUGCCUCGCCGGCAUCUCCCGCUCUGCAACCAUCGCAAUCGCUUACAUCAUGAAGAGGAUGGACAUGACGCUAGAUGAAGCUUACAGGUUUGUGAAAGAGACGCCCACCAUCUCACCAAACUUCAACUUCUUAGGUCAGCUGCUGGACUUUGAGAAGAAACUGAAUGUGCGAGUGAACUCAAACCCAAACUGCUGCCGAAGCGGUCCAUCGGAGGAGCCCGAUCAGAACGUUGUGUGCAGUGAUCCGCUGGAGCCUCUGCAGCUGCCCUGCAUUCUGACGGCCCAUGAGGAACACCUGCUGGCUCGAGCGCUGUGUGGCCUUCAGCUCACGGAAGAUCUGGAGGAGAACGCCAGACCCAAACGCUCCUUCUCUCUGGACAUCAAGUCAUACGGCGACUCUGGAGCUCCACCGCGAGAGUUUACGAAACACGCGGUUGGCGGCGACACCCCAGAGCACUACAAACCGGCCGCCUACAAAGAGUCGACCAGCAAAGCCUGUCAGUUCUCGCCCGUGCAGGAGGUUUCAGAACAAACCACACCAGAACAAAGUCCAGACAAGGAGCGGCUCGCCGAACCCGACACCGGUAAAACCAGCCUCGCGUCUAAAGCGUGCGCGCAGCCGUUACACCGCAGCGGGAGCAUGGAAGAAACUCCCACCGGCUUCUUGUUCGGCGUGUCGCGCUCGCAGCAGCACAUGUGUAAAUCCGGUGUGGGCACGCUGAAGGGCUGGCACUCCGACAUCCUCCUGGGUCCGGUGGCCGGCGGCUGGUACCUCUCGUCCGAGUCGGCGAGAUUCUACUCCACCUCGGCCAUCUUCAGCGGCUCCGCGGGCACUCACGGCGGCUUGACGGCGGCGUACGGCUGCGCUCAGGGUCUGGACGCCGUGCAGAGGCGCGGGCGGCAGCGCAGCGGGGACUGCGGCAACUUGCGGAGGAGCUGGCACGAGGAGAGCAGCUUCGAGAAGCAGCUGAAACACAGGAGCUGUCAGAUGGAGUUUGGAGACGGAAUGACAGAGAGCCGCUCCAGGGAGGAGAUGGGAAAUGUGGGCAGCCAGUCCAGCUUCUCCGGCAGCAUGGAGGUCAUCGAGGUGUCGUGGAGAUCGCCGCGACGCCACAGACGUGAUAUCGCCACAUGCUGGUUUAGACUGCAAUCGCUGCAGAUGCGUAUCACUGAAUGA